CCUAACAAUAUGCCUUGUCACUCUAAGUUAUGGCUUGUGGUGGCAGCCACGGCUCUCAUUACUGCCGGGACCGUAGAGGUUGUACACAGAUACCUCGCUGGUGAUCUCUUUAACACUCUGGAGUCACUGCCAACUACAAGCACCAUCACCACUAAAAAGGAACAUUCAGAAGAACUUAUCAGAGAACAACUUGCUAGAAACUAUGCAUUUUUAUCCGAAGAAGGAAUGGAUAAGGUUAGAAAGCAGCGUAUAGUUGUGGUUGGUGUUGGUGGUGUUGGGUCAUGGGUCACCACCAUGCUUGUCAGAUCAGGUGUGGAAAAGAUCAGAAUCAUUGAUUUUGAUCAAGUGAGUUUAUCAUCCCUUAAUCGUCAUGCUGUUGCAAAUCUCAAGGAUGUAGGUACCCCAAAGGUGGAAUGUUUGAAGAACCAUCUUUUACAAAUUGCUCCUUGGGUUGACAUGCAAUGUUAUAAUGAGUUAUGGAACAUUAAAUCGGCUGAAAGAUUACUUUUGGGAGAUGAUAUGAAUCCAACAUAUGUUAUCGAUUGUAUUGAUAAUAUUGACACUAAAGUGGACCUUCUUGAGUUCUGUCACCGUAACAAUAUCCCAGUGAUUUCAUCGGGUGGUGCUGCUUGUAAAUCGGAUCCAACCAGAGUCAAUGUAUCAGAUAUUUCCAAGACUGAAGAAGAUGCCUUAUCCAAAUCAGUUCGUUUAAGAUUAAAGAAAAGAGGUAUAACUAGCAACAUACCAGUAGUCUUUUCCGCAGAGAAGCCAGACCCUCGCAAGGCUCAACUUUUACCAGUUUCACAAGAAGAAAUUGCCAAGGGUGGAGUUGAACAAUUGGCUGCCCUUCAAAACUUUAGAGUAAGAAUUUUACCAGUUCUUGGAACUAUGCCUGGUAUGUUUGGAUUGGCCAUUGCCACCCACGUUCUUACCACCAUAGCUGGGUAUCCAGUGGAACCAGUGGAAGGUAAGAAUAGAUAUAAAAUGUAUGAUAACUUCCUUCAAUCAUUGGCUGGACAACAAUCUAGAAUCGGUAAAGUUGAUCAAAGAGUUCCAAUUGCUUUGAAUGAAAUUCCAUACAUUUUAGAAGAAAUCUUCAGGGGUAAGUCACCAAUUUCUAACUUUUCUACAAGACUUACAUUAUCUAGAUGGGAUCCUUCUAAGGAAAUUUCCUUCCAAAAUUGUGUAGUUAUGACCAAGGAAGAGCAAAAAUCACAUGAAGAUAGAGUUUUGAAUGGUGGUGAAAAAUUGGAGGAUGUUUACUCUCAGGAAGUAUUAGACAGAGUUGCCAAGAGAUUUAAGGAAGAAGAAUAUUAUUCUCACUUUAGAUAG